CUGUACUCACACUUUCGUUCAUGUAAGCCCAAGGAUUUCGUUUCCUCCUAUCCAUGAGCCGAGAUAUUUUCUAGUAUAUCGUUCCCAUUGCUUUAAGUCUCGUUGAGUAUAUUUCUUGUUCAUAUCUGAAUACCAACCACAUCGGGCCACCCGUCGUCCUACCUUCUCACAACGCGACGCUGCCGAAUCCUCGACUGCUAAUUCUCCGCUGCAGAGGUUUCCUCCCGCCUCAUCACCAUCCAACAUCCAUUCGUCGCGCUUGAAGCCUUCGGGACUAUGCACGGGUGACAUCGCACACCGAUCGAAAACAAGAGACAAGCAGAAAUAGCCAGGAAAACGCAUCACACGCCGUCAACAUGGAUGUCGUAGAUCGUGACGUGGAGAGGGCCGAGGUGCAGGCUACAAGGACGUUCUCCCAGCAAAGCAAAGAACGCCGUUCGUUGCGCAGCGAAGUAUCAAGAGAGUCGGCACUGUCCAGUUCGUCGGGAUCGAGUACAUCAACAACGCCUUCAAUGGGUAGGAUAGCGACGGCAGGCUAUUCCGCCCCCGAAUUGGCGACUCGAACCAGAACACAUCCUAUUGAAGACCUCAGAACCGAAACGCAUCGCCUUCAGCAAGUCCAGACGGUGGGUGCGAGCCUCAAAUCCCGCACCGACACGAAGCCUCUGCCAGCGUUUGGAGGCGGCAAGCCUUAUCCUCCCACGCUACCUGCUCAAGAAGAAUAUGUGGUCGAAUUUGACGGAAAAGAUGAUCCUACACACCCACAGAAUUGGCCAUUCAAGAGAAAAUUCUUUAUUGGCGCCAUUCUCGCAUACACCUGUCUGGGCAGUACCUUCACAUCGUCGGUUUUCUCCGCGUCAACUUCCUCCGUGGCCGCGCAUUUUGGUGUCAGCGUCGAAGUCGCAGUCCUGAGUACAUCGCUUUAUGUGCUUGGAUAUGCUUUCGGGCCUCUGAUUUGGGGACCCUUCUCCGAACUGCAGGGUCGUAAACUCCCUAUUCUGGUCGGAGUCUUCGGGUUCUCGGUCUUCUGCUUCGGUUGUGCUGUAGCCAAGGACCUUCAGACUCUGAUGAUAUGUCGCUUCUUCACCGGAUUCUUCGGUUCAUGUCCCCUAGCUGUGGUUGCUGCUGCUUUCUCUGACAUGUUCGACAACCGACAAAGAGGCGUGGCCAUUGUCAUCUUCUCUUCCAUGGUUUUCAUGGGGCCUAUGCUUGGGCCCUUUAUCGGAGGUUUCAUCAACGAGUCCUAUCUGGGAUGGCGCUGGAACCUCUACUUGCCAGGCAUCAUGGGCGCAUUCGCUUUGUGCCUCAACAUCGUUUUCCUACCGGAGACUUACGCCCCAGUAAUUCUGGUCGACAAAGCCAAGGAAUUGCGCCGCCGAACUAAGAAUUGGGGCAUCCAUGCGAAGCAGGAAGAGGUUGAGGUCGAUUUCCGAGAACUCGUGACUAAGAAUUUUUCUCGUCCUAUUCGACUGCUGGUUUCCGAACCUAUCAUCCUGCUCAUCACACUCUACAUGUCGUUCAUUUACGGCCUCCUCUACUGCUUCCUCACAGCCUAUCCUCUCGUAUUCCAAGGUGUACAUCAUAUGACCCCCGGUGUGGCAGGUCUGCCCUUUUUCGGCAUGGUUGUGGGCAUAUUCAUCGUUGCUGGCUACAUCAUCUACGAUGCGAGAGCCUACAACAAGAAGUUGCAAGCCAAUGGUGGUAUUCCAGUUCCUGAAUGGCGCUUGCCACCUGUCAUGAUUGGCGGCGUGCUCUUCUCCCUUGGUCUCUUUUGGUUUGGCUGGUCUGGAUACAAAGAAUCGGUUCACUGGAUCGUGCCAACUCUGUCCGGUCUUUUCACAGGCUUCGGUCUUUUGGCCAUCUUCAUCCAGUGCUUCAACUAUAUCAUCGAUUCUUAUCUCAUGUUUGCCGCCUCUGCCAUAGCAGCCAACACCUUUCUUCGAUCAUGUUUCGCCGCCGGCUUUCCACUUUUCGCACGCCAGAUGUUCAAUAACCUCGGAAUUCAAUGGGCUGGUACCCUUCUAGGCUGUCUCGCUGCUUGUCUCGUGCCGAUUCCAAUUUGUUUCUACUUGUUCGGCAAGAAGUUGCGACGAAAAUCAAAAUUUGCCCCGACCAUGGCAACGAAAAAGCCUGCUACGGAUGAAGAGAGCAGCAGUGAGAGUGACAACGAGUCGAGGAUGGCAGCAUUGCAUGCGAGCAGAAGCAGAGUGGAUCAAGACACUGAGAUCAUUAGGCAUCGAUCUCGGGCGAGGACUAAUGGUUCGGCUCUCACUGGCUCCAACACAAAUGCUCAAGCCCAGGAGAAGAAUACUUGAUGGGAAUGGGACAGGCUCAGCAAAUCAGGUGUGGCUAGCCUGCUUCCUAAUGCUGAGCCUGGGAGGCGUUGAGAUCGUCCUGUAGAUACUUGGAAAAUGAGGUUAUUAAUGUACAGAAUGGAUUUCCGAUUAUUACAACGUAUCACAACCGCUCGACAUGAGCAUCGCAGUCUCUGGCUGUAAAGAGUUGG